AUGGCCGCGGUCACGGCAGAGGACGCAGCGAAGAUUGUCAGCAAGGCCCGCAGGGAAUCAGUGGUCAUCGAAGAGGUCGAGCGCAAGCACCUCAGCGGUUUCGAUGCGUUCACCCCCAUAACCUCUUAUGUUGUGCGCACCGGCGACGGCACCUCCUACUUGCUGAAAGUCGCACCGACGUCGACCGUGGUAUCCACAAACUACUCCCCGAACUCCCUCGCGAGCGUGCACGAGCUCCUCAAACUCAUCCUCGACUCCAACACCGGCAUCCCCACACCCGAAAUCCUCGACUAUGACGCCUCCAGGUCCCUCGUUCCCUGCCCCUACCUGCUCCUCGCGCACCCCAAAGGCGUCCCGCUUGCCCUCGCGCGCGCCUCCGGCAAGCUGUCUCCACGCCAGCUCGUGAUGCUCGACCUCCUACUGGGCCAGUACCUCAAGCGAAUGCACGACACCAUCCAGAUGGACUGGUUCGGUCUCCCCUCGCAGUCGGCGGACGGCCUGUACAGCUGGCAGGAGGCGUUCACGCCGCUCGUCGAGGGCGCGCUCGACGACGCGGAGGCGGCGGGCAUCGCGCUGCCGUACGCGGACCUGCGCGUGUGCCUGUCGCGCGCGAUCGGCUUCUUCCUCUUCGACGACUGCGAGGUCCCGUCGCUCGUCACCUUCACCGGCGACGACGCGACGACGCUCGUCGACUUCGAUCCCGACAGGGGCGCGGACGCGGAGGUCGCGGUGACGUCGUUCGCGGCGGUCGGGCACGCGCUGUGGGGCGACCCGCUGCUGGAGGCGAUGUGGAUGGCGCCGAGCGAGGCGUUCGUGGAGGGCUACGGGAGCCCGCUGGUGCUGUUCGCGCGACAGAAGACGAAGCGGCUGUGGUACACGCUCUUCCUUGCGCUCGUUGUGCUCGAGCAGGCGCGGCAGGACCCAGGACAUGUGGACGAGAACAAGGUGAAGUGGGCGGACGAAGAGGUGGUGAAGGUGGCCGAAGCGUUGAAGACUGCGCCGUGCUACUAA